UUUUUUCUUAGAUCUAAAUAUUUUCUGUGUGUGUUUUGUUGACAGAUUAAGUGUUUUAGUUAUUUGAACCUCAAUUUAUUUUUUGAUAUUUAUGUUAGUUUGGUCUAAAUAUAAGUUUAGAUGAAAACCCCAAAAACAUUUUAAUAUUAUAUGUAUUUUUGAAUAAUUAAUACAAAGAUAUAAGAUUUUGGUUACACCCAAAGGUUUCUGAAUCCAAAACUUACCGAACCCUCUGAUCCACAGAAAAAAGGAAAAUCUGAAUGGAUAUUAAAUUUCUAAACUGAAUAUUCGAAAAUAUGAAUGACUGGACCGAAUCCAAACGAUAUCUUGACCCUCAUGACUACUUUGAAUAGAGGUUUUUCACUGAUUAGAGUUCAAUUGCAAUUACUAAAAAGAAAUUAACAUAACUGAACCCGGAAAAAUAACUAAACCACUAGUUUGAAAAUAUAAUUUGUAAAUAUGUAAAGCUAUUCGAACACUACACAAUUAUUGUUUCUAUAAAUGUACUUGUGUGUAGUUAUUCAUAUUUUUGUACAUGGAAAAACUUAAAAACAAGAAAAGAAUCAAAUCGCAAAAAAAAAGGAAUCAAAUUGCCUACUAAUUUGUCGCCACCAUAAAAUACAAACAUUGUACUAAUGGCUUCACUAAACUAAUUUAUAUGUUUUUUGCAUCUUUUGAUCCUUGUAUGUGUUCAGCUAUACAUGUUUAAUUCCUAAUUUGCUAGUAGAAGCCUAUGAAAACUUUAGGCGGCCGAAGGAAACGUUUUUUCCUUUUCCUUUUUAGAGGAGUAGAAGAAUCACAAUACGGCUGACCGCUAAAUUCCAAAAGGAAAUACUUAAAAAUUAUGGAGAUUGGAAGCAAACAUCUCUGAAGAAAACAAGAAAAGAGUGAGGAAACACAUUGAGUGGGUUUAAAAAAGGCAUACAAAUUUUCGCUUGUAUCGUUGAUUAUAAAUUUGAAAAUGGGUGGUUCCCAACUUGACAUGAUAUAAAAGCAUGAAGAGUUUUUGUUUUUUAGUGAGUGCCUUGAAGAGGAAGACACAAGCAUCCGUAUUGCCAAUAUAAUCAACAUUGAAACUAAAUUUUAACCAUUUCUAAUAUAUUUUGCUAUUUUAUAGUAUAAAAUAGAAUAAUUGUAAGGUAAAAUUUAUUCUAAUUCACUUUAAAAUAGCAUUCUUAUAUAUUCUAAAUAUAAUUAAAUGUUAUUUUUCUAAAAUAAAGAAAGAGAAAAAACUAUUUCAAAAAAAUGGAUUGGAAUAAAUUUACCUCUAAAUAAUAUUACAUGUAAAUAUAGACAUGAAUUGGAAAUGUUAUAAUAAACAUUGAAACUCUUUUAACCAAUCAGAGAACUAUAAAUUUUGUUCUCUUUUAACAAAUUACAAUGUAUUUAAGUUUGGUAAUUUCAAUACAGAAACUUUUCACCAACGGUUGAUCUCAGAUGCGUUUUCUUAAUUAGGCAUCAGUAUAAUGCCCCAAUUAGAUGAAUGACAGAGAACACAUGCAUUGGUGACAAAGUGAGACGCUGCUGCAUCUUGAAGAGGUAUAGAAUCAUAACACGACACUCCGCUAACUUCCACAAAUAUAAAUAACUCCUACUACUACUACUAUACAAAGUAGGGAGACUUUUAUUAAUAUUCAUCACAAAUCUCGAAGUCUCCGGAGAAACAGCAGAGAACUCAGGAAAAAUGGACACGGCGGAGAAGGGUCUGCUCGCUCUGAGCGGCGGAGGAGAAGAAGAAGUCAGCACGAGAGAUCGGUUUCUCCGGGAGAUGAGGAGGCUCAGUUACAUAGCAGGUCCCAUGAUUGCAGUAAACUCUUCCAUGUACUUUCUCCAAGUCAUAUCGAUCAUGAUGGUUGGUCAUCUCGGUGAGCUUUACCUCUCCAGCACUGCCAUAGCCGUUUCUUUCUGCAGUGUCACCGGCUUUAGCCUCGUCUUUGGAUUGGCUAGUGCGUUGGAGACUUUAUGUGGUCAAGCUAAUGGAGCUAAGCAGUUCGAGAAGCUUGGCGAACAUACUUACACAGGGAUCUUCUCUCUGUUCAUUGUUUCUAUCCCUUUGUCUGUUCUCUGGAGUUACAUGGGUGAGAUACUCUCUUUCAUCGGACAAGAUCCUCUUGUUUCUCAAGAAGCAGGAAAGUUUGCCACUAGGCUCAUACCAUCACUCUUUGCUUACGCGACAUUACAACCACUUGUUCGGUUUUUCCAAGCGCAGAGUUUGGUUUUGCCUUUGAUUAUGAGCUCAAUGUCUGCUCUGUGUUGCCAUGUUGUUCUUUGCUGGAGCUUGGUUUUCAAGUUUGGGCUUGGAAGCUUAGGUGCAGCUAUUGCGAUCAGUGUUUCUUACUGGCUUAACGCAACUGUGCUUGGAUUGUAUAUGACGUUUUCUUCUACCUGUAGCAAGACUCGUGGGAAGAUCUCCAUGAGUGUGUUUAAAGGAAUGAAAGAGUUUUUUCGAUUUGGAGUCCCAUCUGCAUCUAUGAUUUGCCUUGAGUGGUGGUCAUUCGAAUUUCUUGUCAUGCUCUCUGGAAUUCUACCAAAUCCAAAGCUAGAAACCUCUGUUCUCUCAGUGUGUCUAUCAACAAUCUCCUCCUUGUACCAAAUACCGGAGAGUCUAGGCGCAGCAGCAAGUACAAGAGUUGCAAACGAAUUGGGAGCUGGAAACCCAAAAAAAGCUCGAAUGGCGGUUUACACAGUGAUGGUUAUCACAGGAGUGGAAGCACUGAUGGUGAGUGCGAUAGUCUUUGCUGCAAGAAACGUAUUUGGUUACCUAUUCAGCUCUGAAACCGAAGUUGUGGAUUAUGUAAGAACAAUGGCUCCUCUGGUUUCUUUAUCAGUCAUAUUCGAUGCUCUUCACGCAGUUCUUUCAGGUGUGGCUAGAGGAUCAGGGAGGCAAGACAUUGGAGCAUAUGUUAACCUAGCUGCAUAUUAUCUUUUUGGAAUACCAACUGCUGUUGUAUUAGGAUUUACGUUUAAAAUGAGAGGAAGAGGACUCUGGAUUGGUAUCACGGUCGGGUCUUGUGUACAAGCUGUUUUGCUUGGUCUUAUCGUCAGCCUCACCAACUGGAAACAACAGGUGAGGAAGGCAAGAGAAAGAUUGAUGGGUGAUGAGUUUGAAGACGACGAACAUGUACUGAUCAUCAGUUAAAAUCAAAAGAGCCAUUCGAUCAUUUUGUCAUUUAAUGUUGUGUUUUAUUUCAGAAUAUAGUAAUGUGAAAGGAUUAGAAUGUGCACACAUAUGCACGUUCAUGAGUUAUGGCAUCUACUUUCUUUCCCAUACACAUGAACAUAUGAUGUUCUUUUUCCUAUCAAAGGUUUUUUUUGUCAUAAGCAUAAAUAGACUCUGAUUCCGACUCUGAUAUCCUAUCAAAAUAUCAAAAGUUAAUAAUCGUUAAUCAAACAAUAUUAGUUAUUAAUAAAUAUUCAAAAAAGAUCUUGUGGAGCUAGUUUGAAAUUGAAUAAAAUCCUAACGAAAGACAUAAAGUAAAGGGUUGGGCAGAAUUCCAAACCCGAUCAUAUAUAAUACUCGAUAUAUGUAAUAUCGAAAGUUAAUCCGAACAUAUCUGAAAUUGUUGCUAUAAACAUAAUUAUUUCCUAAUCCCAAACAUGUUGUCUUUUGUUAAUUAUAUAUUUUAUGUUUUGUUUAUUUGAAGUUCAAUUUCAUUUUUAGAUAUUUGUGUUCGUUUGGAUACAAAUAUAAGAACGUACUAGAUUUUGAUCCGCGCUUAGAAAGCGCGAGUUUAUUUUUGAAAUUAAAUAAAUUCUUCUUAUAUAAGAGAUAAUAUAUAGGUUUGAGUACAUUUACCCGAGUGCACUGAACCGUACCAAACUGGGAAAAAAGCCUCAAAAUUAAGCUAAAUUUCAUAAAUAAUCGAGCAUAGAAAAAAUAGAAAUCAAAGUAAGGACCAAAUGAGUACUUAAGAUUUUAAAAUUCAAAUUAUAUACCUAUUAAACAUAACUAAACCAUUAAAAAUUUAUACUAUUAAUAGAAUUAUAUGUGGUAAUGAUUACAUUUGAAUAAUCUAUCAUAUAUUCAUAUGGAUUUAUUGUUAGAGCAAUUAUAUAAUAGAUUA